AAGAGUAGGCGGGACUGGGAGGGGGCUACAUUUAUAUCUAUGCCCAGGGCUGGGCAUUUGCUUACCAUGGACACUGUCGGGUACAGCAAGUGGGACAGCAGGCUCGAGGAAGUCCCUGGAGGGUACUGGGGAAGCUGGGGACGGAGACUCCUCUUCCUGGGCCUGCUUCUGGUGGUAGCCACAGUCCUGUGGGCCCUCAUUCUGAGCGUCCUAGUUUCUAAAGCCUCCACCGAGCGAGGGACGCUGCUUGGCCACCAGGACCUGCUGAGGACAAACGCCUCGGAGCAGACCGCGGCGCUGGGCAAUUUGAACCAGGAGAUCCGGGCGUGCAACAGCUGCUGCUUGGGGACACAGGCGCUGCUGCAGAGGACACGCACCGAGCUUGGGGAGGCGCAGGCGAAGCUGAUCCAGCAAGAGAGUACCCUGAAAGAACUGAGCAAUCGCGUGACCCAGAGCUUGGCUAAAGCGGGCAGGGACCGCGAGGACAUCCGCAGUGAGCUAUUCAGGGCUCUGGAGGCCGCCCGGCUAGGGAACAGCUCCUGUGAAGAGUGCCCCGCGUCAUGGCUACCCUUCCAGGGCUCCUGCUACCUUUUCUCCGUCCAGCGGGCCACAUGGGAGGAGUCGCAGCGUAACUGCGCGGGCGCAGGCGCGCACUUGGUGAUUGUCGGGGACCUGGAGGAGCAGGGCUUCCUGAGUCGGAACACGCGAGGCCGCGGUUACUGGCUGGGCCUGAGGGCGGUGCGCCGCGGACGCACGAUCCAGGGCUACCAGUGGGUGGACGGAGUCCCGCUCAGCUUCAGCCACUGGAACAUGGGGGAGCCCAAUGACUCUAUGGGGCGUGAGGACUGCGCUAUGAUGCUACGCACGGGGAUGUGGAACGACGCACCAUGCGAAAACGAGAGGGACAACUGGAUCUGUGAGAAGAGACACAGCUGCUGACCAGUGUCUGCAGCCGUACCCACCCCCCACCCCACCCCAGGGAGAUCGCCCUAGCAGGUCACCGUCCUGGAGCCGGCCACUGCCAUUGAUUCCUCCCCGCGGCGC